GGGCCCAUGAACAGUAGGGCCCCAGGGAGGCUGGUCAUAGGGAGAGUGAAAUUCUUCCGCCGGCACCGCGGAGAGGUGAACUUCUCCGCCUUCUCCCCGGACGGCCAGACGCUGCUCACAGCCUCUGAAGACGGCUGCGUGUACGGCUGGGAAACCCGGAGUGGGAAUCUGCUGUGGAAGUUGGGCGGCCACACAGGCCCUGUGAAGUUCUGCCGCUUCUCCCCGGAUGGCCGCCUCUUUGCCAGCACCUCCUAUGACUGCACCAUCCGCCUGUGGGACGCAGCAGAAGCCAAGUGUCUGCAGAUCUUACAGGGUCACCAGCGGAGUGUGGAGACAGUCAGCUUCAGUCCAGACUCCAAGCAGCUGGCAUCGGGUGGCUGGGACAAGCGGGUGACGCUCUGGGAGGUGCAGUCUGGCCAGGUGCUGCGUCACUUAGCAGGGCACCAAGACUCCAUCCAGAGCAGUGACUUCGCACCCAGCUCAGACUAUCUGGCCACUGGUUCCUGGGACUCUACCAUUCGCAUCUGGGACCUUCGGACAGGGACCCCAGCGAUCUUCCACCAGGAGCUGGAGGGUCACAGUGGCAAUGUCAGCUGCCUGUGCUACUCAACAUCUGGCCUGCUGGCAUCCGGCUCCUGGGACAAGACCAUCCACAUCUGGAAACCCUCGACUAGAAGCCUGCUUAUCCAGCUCAAGGGUCAUGCCACCUGGGUGAAGAGCAUAGCUUUCUCCCCAGAUGGGUUGCAGCUGGCCAGUGCGGGCUACUCCCCAAUGAUCAAAAUCUGGGACUGCAACACAGGAAUGUGCAUUGAAACCCUGACGGGAGCCCUGGAUGUGGCCCAUGCUUGCACCUUCACCCCAGAUGGGAAACUCUUAUUGGUGUCUGGAGCUGUCGAUUAG